CGUGGGCCGGGACCGAUUUCCUCUUCCCAGAAGGAAAUGGAUUUACCCAUGGAUCAAGUUGAAGAAGUACAGAGUAUCCUUAAUGCUAUGCAGAAAAUCUUAGAAUGUCCUAUCUGUCUGGAAUUGAUCAAAGAGCCUGUUUCCACAAAGUGUGACCACAUAUUCUGCAAAUUCUGUAUGUUGAAACUUCUCAACCAGAAGAAAGAACCUUCACAGUGUCCUUUGUGUAAGAAUGAUAUAACCAAAAGGAGUCUGCAAGAAAGUACAAGAUUUAGUCAACUUGUUGAAGAACUAUUGAAAAUCAUUCAGGCUUUUGAACUUGACACUGGAUUACAGUUUGCAAACAGUUACAACUUUUUGGAAAAGGAAAAUAAUGCUACUGAACAUCUAAAGGAGGAGGUUUCUAUUAUCCAAAGUAUGGGCUACCGAAACCGUGGCAAAAAACUUCGACAGACUGAAACUGACAAUCCUACCCCGCACGAAUCCAGUCUGAGUGUCAAACUUUCUAACCCUGGAAUUGUGAGAUCUCUGAAGACAAAGCAGCAGCUACAGUCCCAUAAAAAGUCUGUCUACAUUGAACUGGGAUCUGAUUCUUCUGAAGAUUCAUUUAAUAAGGCAAGUUAUUGCAGUUUGGGAGACGAUGGAUUGUUACAAAUCAUCUCUCAUGAAGCCAAUAUUGAAACCAGUGUGAAUUCUGCAAAAAACGCUGCUUGUGAGUUUUCUGAGGACAUUACAGAUAUUGAACAACAUCAACCUAGUAAUAAAGAUUUGACCACCACCGAGAAGCAUGCAACUGAGAAGGAUACAGAGAAGUAUCAGAGUAAAGCAGUCUCUGGGUAUGUGAGUGAAACAAGUUUCUCUGAAGACUCUUCAGAGCUGUCCUCUCAGAGUGCUAUUUUAACCACUCAGCAGAAGGAUACCAUGCAAGAUAACCUGAUAAAGCUCCGGAAGGAAAUGGCCCAACUAGAAGCUGUGUUGGAGCAACAUGGAAACCAACCUUCUCGCUGCUCCUCUCCCAUAGCUGAUCCUUAUUCCCCUGAGGAUCUGCUAAAUCCAGAACAAAACACAUCAGACAAAGAUGCUGAAUUUGUGUGUGAACGGACACUGAAAUAUUUUCUGGGAAUUGCAGGAGGAAAAUGGAUAGUUAGCUAUUUUUGGGUGACAAAGUCUAUUAAAGAAAGAAAGAUACUGGAUGAGCAUGAUUUUGAAGUCAAAGGAGAUGUUGUCAAUGGAAGAAACCACCAAGGCCCAAAGAGAGCAAGAGAAUCCCAAGGCAGAAAGAUCUUCAGAGACUUAGAAAUUUGUUGCUAUGGACCCUUUACUAACAUGCCCACAGAUCAGCUAGAGUGGAUGUUGCGCCUCUGUGGGGCUUCUGUGGUAAAAGAGCUUUCAUCCUUUACCCGUAGCAAGGGUAGGCACCCAGUUGUGGUUGUGCAGCCAGAUGCCUGGACAGAGGACAGUGGCUUCCAUGCAAUUGGGCAGCUUUGUGAGGCUCCUGUGGUGAUCCGGGAAUGGGUAUUGGACAGCGUAGUCCUCUGCCAAUGCCAACAGUUGGACAACUACCUGGUUCCUCAGAUCCCUUAGAGUUGCUGCUGAUUUCGAGCCAGCCACGUGGUUAGGAUCUAUUUCCGGACGACUCAAAAAAAUGAGCUUAAAAAUUGGGGCCUGUGGCCAGAGAACUAAUACAGCAGGCAGGGUGCUUGUGUUACACAUGGUCAACCCAGGUUCAAUCCCCUGCCUCUCAAUCCCCGAGCACCCACAGGAAUGACACCUAAGUGCAAAGUCAAGCGUAAGCCCUGAGCACACCACCAGGUAUGGCCCCAAAACAAGAGAAAUAAAAAUGGGGCUACGGAGCUGGAAGUAAUACGGGGAUUGAGCCACUUGCAUUGCACACAGCUCACCCUGGUUCAUUCCCCAGUACUGCGUGUGUUCCCUGGAGCACUGCCCGCAGUUAUCGCUGAGCACAGAGCCCUGAACCUUGCCAGGUCUGGCCCAAAAGCAAAAGGGUAAAAAAUAAAAGUGGAGACAAAGAGAUGACUCAAAGAGCUGGAGUGCAUGCAUGCUUUGUUUGCAUGCAGGUUUGUGUUCUGUCCUAACACCACAUGAUCCCCCAGAGCACUGCCCCGUGUGACCCUCAAAACAAAAGGAAGAAAAGAAAUCACCUAUUUCCAGACCUGAAUGCUCCUCUCCAGUCCUUCCAGUCUCAAGUUACUAAAUAUUUUAUGUAAAUCAGCCUGCAAAGAACUUCUGGCUAUGCAAGGGUCUCUUAAAGUUAUUUUGCUUCAAGCCUCUGUUCAAAAUUUUCAUGAGCACACAAAAUUGUGGUAAUUUUUCACCUGAAAGGAUUUUAAAACCAUUUAAAUCUGCCAAUUGAGUGAGGUGCUGAUUCAUUAUUUAUCAGACCUAUUCCUUGUGCUGGGGCUGGCAACUGAGCUGGAGUCACAGAGGGAAUGGUCUUGGGAGAACAGCUCUGCUUUCUGAGUUAGUUCCUCUCAAACCUGUGUUCGUAGAGGCCAAGGGUUAGACCCGUCAGUGGAAGGCAAGUACUUGGAGAUCUGAGGCAUGCAUGACUGAAAAUCAGAACAAUGCUUGGGUAGGUUAGCUAUUGGAGUGGGAUAUUGGAGAGGGAAUUCAGAGGUUGCUAUUAAAUAUAAAUAAGAAACUUAGUGUUAAUUAGAGAAGAGGAAGUCAUGCUGACCUUGAUCUCCAAAGUCUAGGCUAUAAUUGCUGGAUUUAAAAAAAAUUUCUUAUGGGACCAAAGCAAUAGUACAACGGGUAAGGCGUACAGCUUGCACACAGCUGACCCAGGUUUAAUCCCCGGCAUCCCAUAUGGUCCCCUGUGCACCUCCAGGAAUAAUUCCUGAGUGCAGAACCAGGAGUAAGCCCUGAGCACCACUAGGAGUGGCAAAAAAAAAGGGAAGGAAAAAUAACUUGACCAGAGAGACAGCGCAGGGAUUGUCUCUUGCUCUGCAUGUCACCGACUGAGUAGUGCCCAACUCCUGUGCGCCGCUGGGUGUGGCCCAACUACCCACCCUCUGCAAAUGGAAUUUCUUAGUUCUAAUUUCUUCGUUCUGAAUAAAACAAAAUACUUAAGAACGGAUGUCAAAAGAGAAUCUUCUAAUUCUACAGUAGUAAUAAAUGUUUCUUGUUGCACUCUCAUGUAACCCAUUCCUCUUGAAAUGUAAGAUCUCUGAUAUAAAUAUUUCAUAUCUGUAAAAUGACGGAUCCCACCAGGGAAGGGGCUGUUGCUUUCCUUAAGGUAAUUUUUUUCUCCUUUCCUGCCUAUUGCUGAUCUGUACACUUCAUAAAUAAUUUUGUUUGCUGAAAGAAAAAGAAAGUGUUUUCAUAGACUCAUUAUCCAGACCUGUUUAUAGCUAUUAGAAGGAACAAGUAGUCUUCCUUAGCCCCCCAGUGUGUGAGGACAGACUUGAUUGUACAAAGUUUAUUUUGUAAAUGUUGUGCUGUUCACUUGCAAAUAAAA